AUGAGUCAUGCAGUCGAGGAAAGGUACAACAGUCAACAGAAACCGUUGAACGAGAGCUGCAAUGAGUAUAUACACGAGAUACUUAAAGAAUGGGAAACCCAAGAAUCUGAAUAUACUGUCGUGCCUUUGAAACGGGUUAAGGUGGCAUUGUUCCCACUUCUAGUGGCAUUAAGGAAACAGGAGCUCGGUCAAUUGCAAUUAUCCCAACUGGCAAGAGUAUUAGAUGCCAUUGUAGAUGAAGAUUACGUGCGAGCAAAGCAAGAAUACCUUACUUUAAGUAUAGGUAAAGGGAAGUUUCCGAUCGGGUUAACCAACGUUGGUAUACACGAGAGGAAACAGCAGUUGCAAGGCAGCAAGGCACAAACACAAGAGAACAUGGUUCUUGAUGACUGGUGCGUCAACAUCAAACGGCUUGUCAAUUUCAAGCAAUGGACAUCUUCACAGCGAAGAACCGCAUGA